UGUUAGUGUUGGUUAGAACAUUUAGCCCACUUUGUACCUUUGGCGUCUGUUGUUGCGUGCAAUACAAAAUCGGAAUUACAAGAUUCGUGAUGUCGGCCACGGAUGAAUUUUAUCCAGAUCUAGAGACGUGGUGUCGCCUGUGCCUAAGGGAGCUCAAGGAUGCGCACACAAUCUUUGCCGAGGACGACAAGGAGUUGUCGAUACCGAUGCGCUUGAUGGCCUGCCUCUCACUGGAGGCGAAGGCAACUGAUGGCUUGCCGAAGAAAAUUUGCGGCGAUUGUCGAUACCAGCUGGAGAAGUCAUUUCUUUUCCGCCAGCGAAGUCAAGCGGCUGAUAAAAAGCUGCGGAAACAUAUUCGCCUUGUGAGCAUGGGUAAAAAGAGCCGCGUCUUUGCCAAGUCGUUGGAUAAUGACUCGGAUGAGGAUGAGCUAGAAUUCGUGGAAUCCAUGGAAUUUAUAGAAAAACUGGAGAUGCUGCAUGAAAAAAACUCACAAAAAUGGCGGGAAAAGUACAAGGAAGAAAUUAAAAAAGAUUUUGAGUGCCGCCUGGAUUCCGCGCGCACUGAGCUAUGUGGGGAAUUGCGCAAACAACUGAUGGAGGAAGUGCGAAGUGAUGUGCGUCAGCAACUACAUGACGAAGUGCAAGAGGAAAGCCGCAGGGAACAGCUAGCAAAGCUUGUGGGUGAACUUGAAGUUUUCUUGGUUGAAAAGAAAGCCGGUCUCUGGGAGACUCUGGGUGAGCUGCCAGUUGACCCAAAGUUGAAAACCACAUCCACCCCAGAGUCAACAACAGCACUAGCACCAACACCUAUACCAGCGCCCAAGCCAACAAUCGAGCAGCGUGUAACUCGGAAACGCGGUCGCAUCUCGUCGCCCACAGUUCAGCCAAAGCGUCGACCAAAAGCCUCGGACUCUGAAGGUGCUGUAUAUACGAUGGAGAGUGACUCCAAAGCAGAGACAGUAUCCGCGGAUGACGCGGAGAUAGACACAUCUGCGCCAGAUACCAUGGAGAGUUUUCGUGAUAUAAAGAUGGUCGGCGCUGGCGACGUGGUGACGAGCCAAAAUGGAGAAAUCUAUAUCAUAAAUGCUGCCUCAUCGGCAAACUCUACGCCAGGUUCCUCAAUAGAAUUUCAGCAGGAGAAGAACAUCACAUCGUACAAUAUUAAGGACAAUGGAGAAAUUCAGUUUACCGACUCCAAGUCUGAAGAUAUUGGUGAUGUGAUGGUGUUUAAUCUUGAUGAUGAGGAAGGCGACGAUCAGCAGGUGUAUGAGUUUAACGACAAUGUCAUCAUAUUGUCAGAAGAAAAGGGAAACAGCCAAAUAGUGACACCCGUCAAAGGUACAAAAAACGAUUUUGUGGUGAAGCGAACUCCGCGCAGCAGCACCAAGCCGACGGUUGGACGUGCCAGCGAUACGCUGAAAACGUUUCAGUGCCAGCUGUGCCCGAUUGCGUUUGCUACUGAGAAAACGCUGUCGCGACAUCUCAGCACGCACAUCAAAACGCUGAAGAAUGGAACCGGCGGGGCGCUCAAGUGUCCCGUUUGCCAACUGCAGCUGUCCUGCGCCAGUUCGCUAAAGCGUCACAUGAUCAUCCAUACGGGGCUGAAGCCGUAUAAAUGCGAUGAGUGCGAAUUGUCGUUUUCGCAGCGCGAAGUCCUUAAGCGUCACAUGGAUACGCACACGGGUGCGAAACGCCACCAAUGUCCACACUGUGACACUUGCUUUGCCCAAAAGACUAAUCUGCAACAGCACAUUAACCGCAUGCAUAUGGAAGGUGAGCGUCAGCACAAGUGUCACCUCUGUAAGCGUAGUUUUAAUCACGUGUCGGGUCUGAGCCGUCAUCUUGUCGCCCACGCAGGCGUCACGUUUGCCUGCAAGGAGUGUGGACGUCAGUUUAACGACCGCAGCGCUGUGCAGCGACACGUGCAGAAUGUACACAAGGUCAAGGAUACGGGUGCGGACUCUGCAACGGAUAACAAUGGAAAUGAUACGGAAUUUGAAUAAGUGUGUUCAAGUUCCUUAUUAUUUGGGCAAAGGAGCAUCUAAUUGUAUUACAAAUUUUAACAGUUCGAAAAUCUUUUUAGCAUAAUCCAAAUAUUUUUAAAAAACGUUUUGCAAUUUUAUUCGAUAUUUUUUAAGUGCUCACAAUUAUUUUUGGCACUAAACAAGAACAUUUUCUUUAUUGGUUUGAAACAGUCGAAGAAGACAUGCAAAAAAAAAAAACAAUUUAGCACACGCAAAAUCUUAUUACUAACAAAUACGAAUUGGAAACAUCCGAAACAGUUUCAA